CCGUCUCCCGUCGUGCACCGGGACACCGGUAACUCACCCGGAAGGAGAAAGCGGGACCCUGGCUGUGAAGUAAGGUGUUGGCGGUGUUGCUGUGGAGAGUAGGUACUACUGUCAGCUUAAUAGGAAGAGAAGGGACGUGUGGCCUUUUUGCUCCUUGUUCGAGAAGAAUGGAGAGGAAGUUGUCGGAGUAAAAGAGCUUGGGAACAUUUACCCCAACGGCUAGGUCCAGGGGGUAAUGGAGCCAGCCCGGAUCAUUUGUUGGCAGUACAUAUUGGCUGAAGUCAGUUUUCAUUUCAAGAUGUUUUCUUCCAAUGGGCGUUUGGUGUAGGAUGUUGGAGAACCAAGAGCAGGAGGAGGUGAUCACUGUGCGUGUUCAGGACCCCCGCGUGCAGAAUGAGGGCUCUUGGAAUUCUUAUGUGGAUUAUAAGAUAUUCCUCCAUACCAACAGCAAGGCCUUUACUGCCAAGACGUCCUGUGUGCGGCGCCGCUACCGAGAGUUUGUGUGGUUGAGAAAGCAGCUACAGAGAAACGCUGGCUUGGUGCCUGUACCUGAACUGCCUGGGAAGUCAGCAUUUUUUGGCAGCUCAGAUGAGUUCAUUGAGAAGCGACGACAAGGUCUGCAGCACUUCCUUGAAAAGGUCCUGCAGAGUGUGGUUCUCCUGUCAGACAGCCAGUUGCACCUCUUCCUGCAAAGCCAGCUCUCAGUGCCUGAGAUAGAAGCUUGUGUGCAGGGCCGAAGCCCCAUGACUGUUUCUGAUGCCAUUCUUCACUAUGCUAUGUCAAACUGUGGCUGGGUCCAGGAAGAGAGGCAGGGCUCUUCUCACUUGGCUAAAGGAGACCAGCCUAAGAGUUGCUGCUUUCUUCCAAGAUCUGGUAGGAAGAACUCUCCCUCACCACCUCCCAGUGAAGAAAAGGACCAUUUAGAGGUGUGGGCUCCCGUUGUUGACUCUGAGGUCCCUUCCUUGGAGAGUCCCACUCUCCCAGCCUUCUCCUCACCAUCACACUGUGAUUUUGCAAGACCCGAUGAGGGAAUCUCUGCUGCUCAGCCUGUGAGGAGGGUUGUGGGAGGGGACCAGUCAGUCUCCUCAUCUCAUGCUGUGCCUUUGGACCCUGGUCAGUUAGAAACAGUCUUAGAAAAGUGAGCUCUGGUCCAAGCUCUGAGUUCUGCUUUGAGGAGGAUGGAGAAGAUGCAGGCAAAGAGACUUGCACAGUGGGGUUGGGCACAGGCUUGUUUGGGGAAGGUUGGGCUGCUUAGUCCCUUAUAGUCACCUCUGCUCGGGUUGGUUGCACAGAAGUCUGUCCUGACAAUUUCUUGUGAUUCCGCCAGAGGAAUAAACACUGUGCAGCAGAUGUUUGUAGGUUAAGCAUAAGGCCCAGGGACUGUUGAUUUUAAACAGAACCCCAUAUUUACUUUCCUGGGAACUGAGUUUUUUCAGGUGUGUGUUUGUUCUUCAGGAGCACUGCCUCAGGUGACUGGAUUUGGGGACCUGUAAGUGGCAGAGCUGCCACACUGAGUAUCGUUUCAACAGGAAUCCAUGUGUAGUUGUAUUCCCAUCUUAGCUGGGUUCUGUUCUUGCUGCAGCCCCUAGAGCACUUUGUUCCUGGGAGGCUGACCAGUUGCCUACCUCCUUGCACAGACAGGAUGGUGAAUAGUUACUCUUCCCACCUCCUUGCUUCCCUCCACUAAUACCGCUGAAUGGAACUGGUGCUGUGACUCCUGUAGCUGGCGUUUCUAGCCUGUUCCAAGACCUCAGCCUGACUUGAGCCUGGGGCCCACUUAACAGCUCAUGGCCAUCCAUGGAGGAAAAAUGGUUGGUCAUAGCCAGAGGGGAAAGACAACUGCUCCACUGGGCCCAGAAGGCUUUGUUUUGGAAAAAGCUGUCCUGGGCCAUCACUGUCGCUCCUGAUUAUAAAGCAGAGACGUGGCUAUCUUAACUGCAGGGUUAGAGUGGGCUCCUUUCUUUCUGGAAUCCUUUCUUCUCUCUUAGUAACAGCUCCCUGCCCCCGGGGUUUCAGCCGCCACAGUGUCCCUCUGCUGUGUUGCAGAGAGGCUGUGUGUUCAGUCCAGUGGGGGUGCAAGGGCUUUGUUUUCUGCCUAUACAAGUGGGCUCUGGGGAUGGAGAUGAGAAACAACAUGCCUUCCUUCAGACAAUGAGGCAUUCUGCCCUCCUGCUGCCAUAAUUCCUCUCCGAUGAGAGGCAGAGCUGGUAGAGCAGUGUCCCUGGCAUUCCACACAGAGGUUCCUGCCUGUGUGGUUCUUCCCCCUCUUGCCUGCUUCAUCCCACCCUGUCUGUGGGCCCUUUGACCAGCUAUGCUGCAGAUCUGUCAUGGCGUUUAGUUCAGAGUUGAGGGGCUUUGGCCUGAAAUAAAAUUCAAGUAUUUAA